AUGAUUGGCCGCGUCGAACACAUCAAUGGCGACCAACCAGGGCUCGACCUUACUGUGCUCGGGUUGAACUCUGGUACUAGCAUGGAUGGCAUCGACUGUGCGCUAUGCAGAUUCCGUCAGACCAGCCCUGAGGCACCAAUGCAUUUCGAGCUGCUCAAGUAUGGAGAGAUUCCUCUGGAGCAAAAGAUCAAGAAAAGAGUCAUGAACAUGAUCUACCACAACCGCACCACACCCGAAGAACUGUCUGAGGUCAAUGUACUUCUGGGAAACACCUUUGCUGAUGCAGUAAAGGAGUUCUGCAAGGAGCAAGAUGUGCCGAUCGCCGACAUCGAUGUGAUCGGAUCCCACGGCCAAACAAUCUGGUUGCUCAGCAUGCCAGAACCAGGACAGACCAAGAGCGCCUUGACCAUGGCUGAAGGAACUUUCAUCGCUGCACAAACCGGCAUCACAACCGUGACUGACUUCCGUGUCUCCGACCAAGCUGCUGGACGACAGGGAGCCCCUCUCAUCGGCUUCUUCGACGCACUCCUCCUACAUCACCCCACGAAGCUGAGAGCUUGUCAGAACAUCGGUGGAAUUGCCAAUGUUUGCUUCAUCCCCCCUGGUGAGGGUGGUAUUGACAGAUGCUUCGACUUUGAUACCGGUCCGGGAAAUGUCUUCAUCGACGCGGUUGUACGACACUACACAAACGGCCAGCAAGAGUACGAUGAAGACGGUGCCAUGGGCAAGCGCGGAAUCGUGAACCAACAGCUUGUCGACGAGUUCCUAGAGUUCAAGUACUUCAAGCUCGAUCCUCCCAAGACGACUGGCAGAGAAGUGUUCAGAGACACGUUAGCCCACGAUCUCAUUGAAAAGGGAGAGAAGCUGGGUAUGUCGCCCGAUGACAUUGUCGCAACGGUGACUCGUAUCACUGCCCAAGCCAUCGUUGAUCACUACCGCCGCUAUGCACCAUCACAAGAUAUCGACGAGAUUUUCAUGUGUGGUGGUGGCGCAUACAACCCCAACAUUACCGAGUACAUCCAGAAGAACUACCCCAACACCAAGAUCAUGAUGUUAGAUGCAGCAGGUAUUCCAGCUGGUGCAAAGGAGGCCAUAACAUUUGCAUGGCAAGCCAUGGACGCCGUAGUAGGACGUUCGAUCAAGGUACCCGACCGUGUGGAGACGAGACAGGAAUACGUGCUCGGCAAGAUAAACCCAGGCAAGAACUUCCGCAGGAUAAUGAAACAAGGUAUGAUGUUCGGAGAGGGCGAGAGGCUACCGCCGGUGAUGGAGAUGAUCAACUAUGUCAAUGGCGACGUUUUUGACAACAACUGGUAA